GGCGUGACGUCAGGGGCGGGACCUAGCCCUGUCAGCCGGAGCCUGCGCGGUUGCCAGGGCGACGGGAACGCAACAUGGCGGCCUGAGGCCGGGCCCGGAGCGGGGCGAGCGCACGAUGAGCAAAUAUAAACUGGUUGGUAAGAUAGGAGAGGGAACAUUUUCGGAUGUUCUGAAGACACUGAGUCUUAGAGAUGGAAAGUACUAUGCAUGUAAACACAUGAAACAACACUUUGAAAGUAUUGAACAAGUGAAUAAUCUGAGUGAAAUACAAGCACUAAGGAGAUUGAGUCCACAUCCUAAUAUCCUUAUGUUACAUGAAGUUGUUUUUGAUAAAAAAGCCGGCUCCCUUUCACUGAUAUGUGAACUUAUGGACAUGAAUAUUUAUGAGCUGAUAAAAGGAAGGAGAAAGCCAUUACCCGAAAAAAAAAUAAAGAACUACAUGUAUCAGUUAUGCAAAUCUCUUGAUCACAUACAUAGAAAUGGGAUAUUUCACAGAGAUGUGAAACCAGAAAACAUAUUAAUAAAGCAGAAUACCCUGAAGCUAGGAGAUUUUGGAUCUUGUAGGAGUAUAUAUUCUAAGCAGCCAUACACAGAAUAUAUCUCCACACGCUGGUACCGAGCACCUGAAUGCUUGCUUACAGAUGGCUACUAUAGUUACAAAAUUGAUAUGUGGAGCGCUGGCUGUGUUUUCUAUGAAAUCACAAGUUUUCAGCCUCUCUUUCCUGGAUCUAACGAACUGGACCAAAUUUCAAAAAUCCAUGAUGUCAUAGGCACUCCUGCCAAGAAAACUCUCGACAAGUUCAAGCAGGCAGCUGAUACACAAGCUUUGGCCACGCACAGAGUAAGAUUACUAGAAAAUACAGCAGGGCAAGUACCUCCGCAUUUGUGGCAAAUUUCAAAGAAAAGCCAAAAACAGGAUUCUCUUAGGAAAGCCCAGGAAAAAACAAAACAACAUCGACCCCCUUGUGGAGAAUUACCAAUAUUAAAUCUUUCUGGAGUAGCCAAACUGACUUCCUGUCCUACGCCUACAUUGCGUUCAGUUUUUCCUACAGCUAAGGGAAGUGGGGAAACCUCCGUGGUACAGUCUGUUAGAUUUAUGGGAUCAAAUAUCGAGUCUGAGAAACAGAAGGCCCUUGAGUCUUCCCUGAAACAUUUCCACUUACCUGCUAUAGAACGAAGAGGAGGAGGUUACUGACCACCUUGUAAAGAUUUUGGAGGGUGAGGAAAAGCAUGGCUAUGCAGUGAGUGAAACAGCCCCGAUCAUGCUGUCAUUGUUAGAGAUCUAACAAAAACAACAGUGCAUUAUUUUGUGUUUCUGACAAUUUGUCAGAAAACCCCACAAGGUUAUAACGGGCUGCUUACCUAGCAUUUUGGUAUUCUGUUCCUGAAGACUAUCAAUAUUUAAUUAAAGCAUUGUUCUGGCCGAGCUUAGAGAGCACUCUGUAUUGAACUUCCUAAAUAUCUUUUCCUUUUAGAACCUGAUGGAGGAAGGGGUUGGUUAAAAAUAACAUGAAAGGAUUUGUUGAGCUUCAAUAUAAAAAUGCAAUGUUGCCUAAAAAAUACAAGUUUUCAUAUUAUUGAAUAAAUGGCAGCUAAC